CUGAAGGGAAGAGCUGAGAAGGCCCAGUGGCUCCCUCCAGGAGGGGCUGCAGGGGUGAGGGAUGGGGUUCCUGUCCUCCUCUGAGGGUCACUGUGAGGGGGUGUGCAUCUAGGCUUCCUGGAGCAGCACCCGCCUUCCCCAGGAGUCCCUGAGUCCUUGCUGCCAGAUACAGGGAGGGACAGAAAUGCGACUUCGCAGGUCGUACCCUGAGGCUUCCAGGGACUCCCCCAGUCUUCUCUGAGGUGCAGCAUUUCUCUCUCAAUGGGGGAGUCAUCCCUAUGGGGUGUCAUGCACCUUCCUGGCCAAGCCCUCCUUUUCCUUCUCCAGGCAGCCUUCCAGGCUUGCUUCUGGGCUCAGAGUGCAUCCAGAGCUCUCUUCUCUCUUGCAGACAUGGAGGACCACUCUACAGGCCGGGGCGGGCAGCCCAGGGAAGGAGCCAGGGCCCUACACCCUUGCCAGACAUUUCCUCGGAGGCAUCAUCCCGUGAGGGAAGUGGGUCCCUUACACCCCAAUCCUGGCCAAAAGAAGGGCCCUGGGGCACUGGAGGCCUUGAAGGCCAAGGAGUCUACAGUGUCCCCCAAAGAAGAGGGGGAGCCGCCGGGGCAGCGGAAGAGCUGGAGAAGGAGGCCGAGCACAAGCAGCCCCCCUCUGGCUCCCUUCCGGGUCUGGUCCGUUUCAUUAAUGAUGAUGGAGUCCACUCCACAGCCCGAUUAGUUCGAGGCACGAUGGUGGCGGCAGCGGCCAGGAUCGGGGUGGAGGCUUCCGGGGAGGCUGCGGCGGAGGACGAGGAGGAGCCAGAAGGGGAGAAAGAGUCUGGGGGUGCCGGCUCCGGGCAGGGCCUCCUGGAGGACAAGCGGUUUCUGUGUGUGGCCUGUGGCAAACACUUCAAGCGGGCCUGGGAGCUGUUCAGCCACGAGGUGGUCCACAACUCGGCCCGGCCCUUCCGCUGCGAGCUCUGUGAUGCGGCCUUCAAGAGGCACUCGGACUUCAAGAGCCACGCACUGGUGCACAGCGAGGAGCGGCCCCACACCUGUGAGGCCUGCGGCAAGGGCUUCAAGAGGGCCAGCAACCUGCAGGAGCACCGCCGCAUCCACAGCGGGGAGCGGCCCUUCCCCUGCCCGUCCUGCCCGAAGCGCUUCAAGUCUCCCUACGAGCUGCAGCGGCACUCGGCGCAGCACGCCUCGGCGCGGCCCUUCGCCUGCCCGGACUGCGGCAAGGCCUUCGCGGCGGGCCCCGCGCUGCUGCUGCACCGGCGCCAGCACUGCCAGGACAAGCCCCACGCGUGCGGCGCGUGCGGCAAGCGCUUCACCUACGGCCACAGCCUGCGGGUGCACGAGCGCGUGCACACCGGAGCCCGGCCCUUCGCCUGCCCGCUGUGCGCCAAGGCCUUCAAGCAGUCCAACGCCCUGACCUCGCACCGCCGCGUGCACUCGGGCGAGCGCCCGUACCCGUGCGCCACGUGCGGCAAGGCCUUCAAGCAGUCCUCCUACCUGGCGGUGCACCAGCGCUCGCACACCGGCGAGCGGCCCUACGCGUGCGCCACGUGCGGCAAGGCCUUCGCCCGGCCCUCGCUGCUGGGGCAGCACCGCAGGGUGCACAGCCCCGCCCGGCCCUUCCCCUGCCGCCACUGCCCCAAGCUCUUCAAGGACGGGGCCUACCGCGCCGUGCACGAGAAGGCGCACGCCGGGGACGCGCCCCACAAACGCAAGGGCUUCAGCCUCCCCAGCCACCUGCUGCAGCCCGGCAGGGUGCACGGCGAUGGCUGAGGCCCCGGGGAGGGAGGCCCGGAGCGGGGUCCCACGGGCGUGGUCUCGGCCCCUACCCGCGGGGCGGGACAGGCCGGCCCCAGAGGGCUGCCUCCCUUGGGGUGCCUAUAGAGGCGGGCGCAGGUGCGGUGACGCUUUGGGAACGUGGCCAUAGGCCCAAACAGCAGCUGGAGCUUUGCCUCAGCUCGGGCCCUUCUGGGAAAUGGGGAGAGGGACAAGUCGGGUCCCCAGGCUGGCUUUAUGCCGAACCCAGCGGGCCCUUCCGGAGCUGUCACAUGUCCUUUUGGAGUUUUAGGGGUGAAAUGAGUGGCAGGGGUGCCCGGGAGGCUGGGACCUUGCUCCGGGCACCACUGGGAGCCCCAGCGUGUCCUGAGUGCAGAGGGACCGAGAAGGGAACUUUGGAAAUGGAAUCCCGGAGCUCAUAGGGAUGGAGGGAAGGGACUAGGCAGGAGAAAGGGCUCCAGGGGCGACAUUUCAAGAAAGGGUCUAGGAUCCUGUGGGUGACAUUAGUCCUUCGUUUUCUGUUUCCACCACACCUGUGUUUCCUGGGCAGUACAGGCUGGGUCACUGAAUGGCCUUCCUGUUCCUCGGGGAGCCCAGCUUCCUGUGUAGUUUGCCGCCCCUUCCCUGAAUGUUGCUGGGCCUUUUGGGAAGCGAACAAUAUUCCCUCCGGCUUCCAGGGUGUCAGAGGUGCAGGAGUGGGGGGAUGCCACCUUGGCCCACUGGAUAAACUUGGCCAACUUCCACCUGACUUCUGUGCUUGGGGGAGGGGCCGAAUGAAGACCUGUCCCCUGCUGGGAGUCCCGUCAAAGUAUGGAGGUGGUCAGUUGUUUAAUAGGGGAGAGGCGGACAGGAGCCCUUCAGGUGUGGGAGAGGUUGGUGCCUCCGGCAUAGGUAUGGAAGGCCCCCUCUCUGCCAGGGGCCUUUGGUCCCACUUCCUUUGUCUCAAUAAAGUGUUUGAAGGAC